AAAACGGGGAUAAAUGGCUUCGCAUGCAAUCAAAGUGGCUCAUUUUCAUUGAUUUUUCGCGUGGAAAGACGUAAAAAGAAGUUUCUGUAGUACCUGAGAGCGUGCGGAUCAGUGUGGGUGCAAGAAAGCUGGUGAAACGGGGUUGUGGAACAAAGUAGAUUGUUUCAUGGUCAUUUGCGACGCCCUGUGAGUAACAAUGGACAGCCCCACGGAAGAGAGCCUGGAGUACUGGAGAGACAAGGCCACGUAUUGGAAGCAUGAGCUGGAUGAGUUCACAGAGAGCAGUCAUCAGCUGGAGCAGGAGUUGGAGUACUCGCUGAAGACCAGGGAGGAUCAGAUCCGAGAGCUGCGUCUGAAACUGAAUAAGCAGCAGCAAGACAACGAAAUACUGCGCCUCAAGACGAUCAAGUGUGAGAAUGAGAUCACACAGUUGGAGGGUCGCUAUCAGGCGGAGCGCAAGGAGAAGGAGGAUCUGCGGAAGCACAUGCGAGAGCUGGAGCAGAAGAAUGACGAUCUUGAGAGAGCGUACAGAAUUGUCUCAGAGACCAUGACAGAGUUCGAGCGCUCCCUGAAUCGCGAAUACGAACGCAACGUGAUGCUGGAAGUGGAGAAGGAGAUGGUGGAGGAGAGUGCCCAGGAGAGGAAUCAGCGACUCAUGGAUGAAAAUAGAGAUCUCAAACAAGAGCUCAAAGUAUUCCAGAGGCACCCCAACAACAAUGCUCAAGCGGAGGGUGCCGUCACAUCUGAGAUCCAAACAAUGUCGCGUCCCAGAAUGGCGGCAGACGUCGUGGCCACAGGUGUCCAGGCGUCUCAAGACGGUCAGUCUCACCGAGACAAUUCCAUAAAACAGAGCACCACAGCGACGAUUGCAUCGGCGGACCGCCUGAAAAAUGGAAAUGCGUCACCGAGCAACACCAGGAAUGCUGCUCUGGCGAUUGUGGCGGAUCUCCUGCGUCGAGUCAAUACAAUCGAUGCCACGCUUAAGGAGUUGAAGCAACAGCCGAGAAGCACUGAGGGGAGUCACCAGGUCACGAAGACAGCGUCAUGUGAUAACAAUAUUCAUAUAAAGUGAGCACUUCCGGGUCCGGGAAGUGCUCCUUGUGCAGUAUAACAUGAAUUUCAAGUGAGAGAAAUCCAGAGAGAGCCCAUAUUUAUUUAUUUUAAUUUUUUUUAAUAAAUCACACUCACUCCCGCAUCUUUGUGUGUAGUACAAAGGGAAGAUUAACGAGUGGAGAGGAUUCACAAAUAAAUGUAUAGUGAAAUUACAGAGCCCGUUCAUCACUGUGAGAGCGAAUGAAAGAGCAUAUCGUUGCACUUUUGUUAUUGCCAGAGUUUUCGUGGAAGGAUAUCUGUCUCGCCGAGGAGGGUACAUUGCUCAGGAAGCAUCAAGAAGCAAGAAAACUCACACUUUUCGUAAUAUACCAAUUUAUUAGAAAUUUUUAAAAUAAAAAUGCUUAUCGGUAAUUUUGUAAAUAUAGUAACUAAACAGAAAAACAAGGUUCAGUGUAGAUGUCACCAUUGAUUAACACAAUUUCUCCCUAAUCUCAAAUAACACUUCAGCCACUCAUAUUUCCGAUUUCUUUUUUUUAUACGAUAUCCUGGAAAAAUCAACUGGAUUCGAACAUUGCAGGUCUGACGAAUUGUGUUAAAAUAAAAUGAGUACAAUUCGAUAAAGGGAUUUAAUAGUAGGGAAAGUGCGAUUGAGUCCUUAUCAUCUGUUUGGCAUUGAAUCUAUUAUUUUGGAAGAUACAUUUCUCUUAUUGAUUUUUGGUUCAUUUCCCAUCCGAAAUUUCCAGCAGAAUUCUUUUGUCAGGAGAUUUGCAAAGGUUUUUCCUUUCUGAUAGAGAGACGUAGAAAAUUCUUUAGACGAGUGUGUAGAAUGAAGUUUUUCGCUUCUUCUCUUGAAUGCCCCACAAUUUCUCAGCAAAUCCUGGCAUCUUUUCAGCAAUUUCUCUAUAUAGUCCAAAUACAAAGCUUGCAAUCGAAGUUUGAUGAACGAAAGCUCGUUUUGCGGCAUAAAAGAAUGUAAUCUAUACACACUAAAGUAAUCUAUCAUCACUGCCUGAAAGUUCGUUUGUUUAACGUGAGCUCCUGGGCGGCUCCAACUAAUUCAAAAGCCUCCUCACAAAUGAAAUGUACAGUUGGGACAAAAGACGCCGAUGACGAUGGGAGAGCGGCGGGAGCUCA